UCUUAUACAAAUAGCAUUGCUACAUUUAAGCAUUCAUUUAGGCAUAGUUGCGAUAAUAUUUUACGUUGCAUUCGAGAUGUUCACAGAAGUAAGCAUAGAAAUAGUAUUUAGUAUUAUAUGAAACUUCGUAUUUAAACACGAAACGUUGCAAGCUUUUUAUCGCAUACUUACGCGUGUUUCCAAGUAAAUGUUUGUCCACUAAACAAUUAUUUUAUAAUUUCCUUCAACCCUACUCUCCCACCCAUCUUAUUUUUUUCGUUAUCUUUCCAUUUAUUACAUUUAUUCGCGCAAUUCGCGUUAAAGCUUAAUUUGAAAAGUCUUCGUCUGACCAAUGCCGAUUUGAAGGAAGAUAAUCACAAUUUAAUUGAAGCUCUAAAAGCCACACAAGAUAAUUUCCGCAAAGAAUUUUCGAAUGUGAAAGUAUGUGAAAAGAGAAUGCGUGAACAACAGGAUGCAUUAAGCAAAAUGCAAGUAAGUUUUUUUUUUGUCGCAGUUGCGAGCCUUUUAAUGAUUAGCUAGAAAUUCGUAGUUGAAGUAGACUAAGUUGCGGUUGGUAGAUAGUAUACGACACAGCUAUUUUGGAUUUCAAAACGGGUCGGAAUUAUAUGCAGUUAAGACUGUUCUCCCAGCAGCGUUCCUCAGGAUUCUCAUAGGAAACAUUUUAUGCUGCUGAGAGGGACCUACAGUUUUACGCCGACUACGAUCGAUCGAUUUUUGGAUGGCCUCAGUAAUAAUAAUUUUAACUUAAUAAUUAAAGAGCACAACAACACUUAUCGCCCCAGUGAGAAAACCGUCUUAGUGACAUCUGAUUUGUCGAAAGGCUACCUCGCCUUUUGUCAUUCUACGCUACUAAAAUUCUCGUGAGUUGUCGACAGUUAGUACGCAUUCUGAUCAAACCUCGAAGGCAUGGUGAAUUAAAAAGGUGGUCCCACAAGUUGAUGUCCACUCUCCACUACUGUUUAACUUUUAUAUUUCCAAACUUCUCAGCAGCUGGAGGCAGUUUCACUGAUCUCAUACGCUGACGACGGCUCGAUAUUGACGUCCGGUAAUUGUAUAUCUAAUAUUUCUCGCUUCUUCGCGACAUGGAGGUUUGGUCUAUGCCUCCACAAAAUCAACGACGACACUUUUCACCAUCUAGAAAUUUUAGAGGUUAUCUUUAACAUCUUGCUUUCCUUUUUCGCACACGCAACAACAAUUGUCAAACACCAGACCGCCAACAAAAACAUAAAACCGCAUCUACAAUGCCACUCAUAAUGGUGCAAAGAACAAGUAAGUCUUGGUCGGCUGUUUCCACAGGGAAUAUCCGAACAAUCACUUGCUGGAAGUAGCGCUAGACUAGGUACACAUAUUAGAAGGUAUCUCUACGAACUAUCGUGCGGGCUCCAGGCAUAUGUAUGUACAUGGCACAACCACUGCACGUGAUGUUGUACAGGCAGUCAGUAAAUGAAAUUCACCGAGAGAUAAUCACCACUUUUACUCACCCUGGCACCUUGAAUGCCAUUGUCGGAGUUCAACCACCCCACGCAGAUGAAGAUUUUCAGAUGCCGUGAGGGACUCUGCCGGAAAAAAAACGAUCUAGCUGCUAUAGUAGGUUAAACUUCUAUUUUUCAGACUCGAUCCCGACAUGCCCCGUAUGUGAAGGUAACCUUUUUAAACCGGCUCUGGUAACAUCGCUUUCCUCGUUGCCUCGCCAGUCGGGUCUACGUAACCGGAACGACCCAGAUUUGCAUCUGGCCAAGGACUGUCAGUCUUGGGGAUUUGUAAGCUGCUCCAACAACAACAACAACAACAACAACAUUCCUUUCCUUUUGGUCCGACUCUGUCGAAACUGCACUUUUCCUGGGCCUACCGCUAGUUGGGCUUGGUGAUAACGGUUGAUAGGCAGCCGAAUUUGGGGUCUAGUGGUGCCGCUACAACAGCGUAUCACAGAUAGAUACAGAGUUGCCCACUUGCAUUUUGUUUAGACAAGCACAACACUGAGAACUGGUAUUAAACUAUAGGUGUUUCACUUUUAUUACCCGGAAACAUCGUUAAAUUAAGAUAUAAAAAAAUUACAAAAUUAAUAAGUUUAUUCUAAAGCAACUCUUCAUUCCUUCCUAGGCUCAGAAGUGAUACUCUGCAUAAAAUUCUUUACAAUUCGUAUAUGUAAACAGUGUAUUAUUUAACACAUAUAUACAAACGAAAAAGUGUCACGAAAUCGGCAAAUAUUUUUUCAGUACAAAGGUUUACAGUAAAGCUUCAAAAGUAGUUUUGCGAUGUAGAAUUUUUUCGGUUUCGCUAAAAUGUAUGUUUUUUGAAAUUUUGAAUUUAUUCUCGCUGUUCCGCGUUCAAUGGUCAUUUAAUUUUUCAUAUCCUCUUCCAAACCUCUCUUAUUCUGAUCCCUUCUCUUCUAUUACCUGCACCUCAACAUACCAGUCCACAAUUUCUAUUAAGACAGCAAAUACCGCACGUCUACUUGAACGCAUUCAAGACUACGAAAAAAUGGUAACCAAAAUGAGUUUCGAACGUAAUUUAGCCAAACGAGAGAAUCGCUUCUUUCGUGCCAUUAUUGGCAAACUACAGCGCAGCAAGAAUGAGUGUUUCACCAUCGAGAAGAAGGAGGUCUAUCAGCAAUAUGCGCACGAGUUCGACGAGAAGCCAGUCGAUUGUAACAAACAUUACGAAAUGAACUAUCGCGACAUGUUGAAGGCGCGCGGCGAUUUUCAAGGUGAAUAUUUGCUCAAACAGAAGCUGUGCGUUAAUUACAGCAACACCAGCGCCAAGUACACAAAAGUAGAGAAGUGUGAGCACAGCGAGCCAGAAAGUAACGCUGUUGUGAAGCGGUGUUACUUGCACGAGGGCGUCAACCGCCAUAGGUGCGGCAGUGUUGGUAUUAGCUCUGGUGAUGCUGGUCGCACCGGCGUUGCAUGCAAAGAGCUGGUCUGCAGCGAUCAUGAGCCAGAGUUUCCAAUACGCUACACAAUCAAUGAUGAGAGCAUGUUUGCGGGCUAUGGUGGCGGCGGCUGUGGUGGGCCAUGUACUUCGCGAUCCAAUAGUUGCACUUCGUUGCAGGCAAAUUUUUCCACGUCCAGUAUAUUUUGUGGUGGCAAAGAAACGUCACCCGAUGGGGAGCGGGAAUGUACGCAGAACAAUCGACCCCACCAACUCACCAAUGUGGAUGGCGGCGUACGCUUUGUAUACUCAAAAUUUGGAAAUUUUCAUUAAAUCUAGCCUAUUAUUACACUUCAUUUCACACGCUGUAUCUAAAUAUUGGACAUGUGUCACAGUUCAAAAGCGUGCAUAUACCUUUUCUGAGGAGUUACUCUCUAAAUGUUGAUCAAAAUUGUUUACGCUACCAGUGGGGGCGUAUGCUGAGAAGAUUAAAAGGACAAAGGAAAUUGUGAGAAGUGAGCGAAAGCAAGCGGGAGUGCGCAAAUGGUGGAUUUUGUAUUAUGCAUUUAUUGUGUACCUUGUGAGAUAAUAUCCGAUUUGCAAAUUGAAAAUAGUUUAUAUAAUUAUAUAUAUUUAUGUGUGCAUUUUACGACAGAAUUUACAUUUGAGCUUAGUACACAUGUAUGC